CUCAAGAAGACCGUGGCCCUCGGCGCAACCGACCUGCUGAAGCUCGACCUCACCACGGUCGAUGGAAAGACGGCCAAGCGCCCGCACCAGGCGUUCCUGACCCUCACCGACCCCGUCAGCGGCCUCGAGGAGUCGUUCGUGCUCACCAUCAAGGACAGCGGCAAGGCCAAAGUCUCGCUCACCCAAAAAGACCUCCCGCACCAAUUCCUCACCGCCGCCGCCCCAAUCCCCGCCUCCCUCGUCCUCGGCGCCUUCGGCUCCUCCACCCCCUACAAACAGCACCUCUUCGACCUAAAUGUCACCCGCGACCCCGCGACCCCACUCGCCGUCCCCGCGCCCCCGCUGCGCUACGCCCCGGAGCCCGAAAUCCACCACAUCUUCCGCGCGGACCCCUCCUCGCCGCCAAAACUCAUAACCGUGGUCUUCGCCGCCGCCGUUGCCAGCGCCCUGCCGUUGCUGCUGGCCGCCUGGGCCGCGCUGGGCGCCAACGCGGGACAUCUGGGGAAGGCGCUGGGGAGGGCGCCGGUCGCGCAUGCGCUGUUCUUUGGGUCUGUGGUCGCAAUGGAAGGGGUGUUUUUCGCGUACUACACGGCGUGGAAUUUGUUUCAGACGCUGCCUGCGGCGGGCGUGGUGGGUGUGGUGGCGUUUUUGAGCGGGAGUAGGGCGUUGAGUGAGGUCCAGGAGCGGCGGUUGGCGGGGCUGAGGUAG